AUGCCAAAUGUGGCAACUAACCCAUUUCCUGAGCAUGGGAUAGUAAAUAUGAUUACCAAAGAUGAGAAUUUGAUUAUGGACAUCCUGAAAGUGAAGACUCUGUUGGUAUCUGUGCACCUCAAGCUGUUCAAAGCUGGUAUUCUGAAGCAAGAUCAUGAGAAAUGCUUUAUUUGUUUGAGGGACCCUAAAGGUUGUUUCGAUGUGCAGAAAGAUAUAAAGAUGUUGAUUUCCAAUGGUGUGUUACAGGUUAGUGGGAAGAAAAAGAAUAAUGAAGUGUUUAUGAUAGUACCUAUCUUCAAUAAGCCCAUGGCUUUUGAGAUAUUAUGCCCGCUCAAAGAAAGUACACCUCUUGAUGACUCUGCUAGGUGCUUGAACAUCAAAAUUCUAGCUCCUUUCCCCUACAAAUCUGAUAAAGUUGUACCAUGGGGGUACGAGCCCACUACCAUCAUGAAUGGUGUUGAGAAGCCAUUGGUCAACAACAAAGUUGUCACUAAUAUUUCCGAUGCAAGCGGUCUCACAAGAAGAGGUAGGGUUUUCACUCCUGUUAUUCUUAGAAGUGGUAAGCCGGUGGUCGAAAAGCCUAACAAUGUUAAAGCUCCAUUGGUCAUUCCUGAGAGUAGACCCAUACAAGAUGUAGAGGCUGGAGAAUUUUUGCGCCUGAUACAAAAAAGUGAUUAUAAGGUGGUGGAUCAACUCCUUCAAACCCAGUCCAAGAUAUUUGUUAUGUCUUUACUCUUGAACUCUGAAGCGCACCGCAAGGCUUUGUUGAAAUUCUUAGGGAAAGCCUAUGUAAAUCCAAAUGUCACGGUUGAUCAUUUUGACCAUGUAGUUGGAAACAUUACAUGUUGCAACAUACUAAGCUUUUCUGACAAUGCGUUGCCCGCCGAGGGAAAAAAGUAUAAUAACGCUCUCUACAUAUCCAUGGGAUAUGAAAAAGACUCUCUUUCACACGCUGCAGUUGAUAUCGACUCUUCUUUGAAUGUGAUGCCAAAGAUUAAUCUUGCCAUGUUGUUCUACAUUGGUGCUGAAAUCAGACCAAGCGAGGUUGUUGUAAAGGGCUUUGAUGGUUCUAAAAGGACUGUAAUGGGUGAAAUUGUCUUGCCGAUGAUGGUUGGUCUACAACAGUUUCAAAUUCUCUUCCAGGGGAUGGAAAUUAAUCCCGGUUAUAGUUGUUUGCUUGGGAGACCGUGGAUCCAUGAUGCAUGUGUUGUCACAUCCACCUUGCACCAUGAAUUGAAAUUCAUCCGAAAUGGCAAGCUUGCUAUCGUUUAUGGUGAACAAGUCCUGAUGAUCAGUCAAUUAUCUUCUUUCAGAUACAUUGACGUAGAAAAGGAUGUUGUCAUUACCCAGUUUCAAGGGCUCGAAAUUGCUAAUGCAGUUCGGAUUGAGGAUCUUGAUGAAGAUAAGGUGGGAACUUCUAUGGCAUCUUUGAAAGAUGAGCAACAAGUGGUGGCCAGUGGUCAAACCUUGGGUUGGGGCAAGAUUGUGUAA